AUGACUGCUCCAGUCGCAGCCGCGGACACGCAGCCGUCCGCGCCGCCGUCGCGGGGAUCGCCGCCGCUCAGCGGCGCGCCGGCGGCCCUGGACGAGAGGGGCCUCACCAACAACCCCCUGGAUUACGACCCGAUCACGAACGAGCACACCGCGGCGAUGACACUGGCGCGCAAGCAGGGCAUGGAGGCUUACGACGCUGGCAGGUUCGACCAGGCCGAGGCGAAGUUCCUCCUCGCGCUUUCCGAGGCGCGCAAGGGCUUUCCCCCCGACGACCUGCACAUCCCCUCUAUGCUCAACCUGCUGGCUGAGUUCUACCGCAACACGCGGCGGCGCGAGGAGGCGGCGCGACUCUACCAAGAGGCGCUGGACCACCUAUCAGAAUCCACCGGCGAGAAGCAUUGGAUGUUUGCGUCUGCGUUGGUAAACCUCGCCCUGCUCAAGGAGGACGCCGGCGACGCGGAAGCCGCCGCGCAGCUGCUCGAGCGCGCGCUGGCGCUGCGGCGCGCGAUGUUCGGGCCCAACAGCAUCCCGUAUGCUGACACCGCGUUCAGCCUUGGGCGCGUUCUGCAGUCGUUGGGGGCGCGACGGCAGGGCGCCGACGGCAGCGACGGCAGCGACGGGAGCGACAGCAGUGGCGUCGGCGGCGGCGGCGGCGCUCGUGGGUGGUGGCGGGGCGGCGGCGGUGGGGCCGAGGGCGCGGCGGCAGCUGAGCGGCGGCUGCAGGAGCGGUGGUUGGGGCUGAUGGGGGCGGCUGUCGGCGUGCUGAGCGAUUCACCUGACCCCGCCGGGACGCCCCUGAUUGAAUGGGGGAUGGCGUAUGCGGGCGCGCUGCGCGAGGCGGGCCGAAACUCGGAAGCCGCCGAGCAGCUGACCGCGGCGCUGGGCCACCUCACGACCAUCAAGGGCGAGACGGCGGCGCAGGCGCGCGCGUGCAUGCAGCCCUGCAUGGAACGUGCCAGCGAGGUCAACGAGCGCCUGGUAGAUGCCCUGGAAGCUGCCGGGCAGCUGCCCGCAGCCCAGGACGCGAUGCGGCGCUGCGUCGAGGCGCGCAUGCAGGUGUUUGGGCGCCACCUGGUGGUGGCCAAGUCCAUGACCCGCCUCUCACGGCUGCUGCUGGCGCAGGGGGCUGGCAGCAGCGGCAGCAGCAGCUGCGGCAGCAGCGGCAGCAGUAGCAGCGGCAGCAGCGGCAGCAGCAGCAGCGGCGGUAGGAGCGUGCACCCGGAGGCGGCGCAAUUGGCGCAGGGUUUUGCCGGCAGCGCGGUCGCGCUCGCCCAGGAGGCAGCAGCAGGCGGCGGCGGCGGCGGCGGCGCGGGGGCCGGCGGCGGCGGCGGGGUCAGGGGCGUGUUUAGGGGCCUGUUUGGCGGCGGGAACGGCAAGGGGCGGGACGCGGAAGCGGAGCGGGCGGUGGAGCGGCUGCGGGCGCAGUAUGAGCUGGCCAGCGCGCUACAAGCCCUCGCAGCGGCGAACGACGCGGUUGCCGCGGCCGCGGCCGCCGCGGGCGCGCCGGCGGCGGCGGCGGCGGAGCAGGGGCCGGCCGGGAUCGACGCGCUGCGGCGGGCCGUAGAGGUGGCCAGGGCGGCGGCGCGGCAAGGGGGGGCUGAUUUGGCCGGCCUAGCGGGGGCGCAGGAAGCUGCCGCGCAGGCCGCCGCCAUCGACAGGGCGACCGGGCUGCUGGUUGACACCAAGCUCCUGCAAAUGGAAUUGCUGGAGGAACUUGCCCUCAGGCUGCAGCCACCACAGGACGCUGCAGCCAACCGGGGCGCAAACGCGCCCGCUGCCGGCGGCGGCGGCGGCGCCGCCGCAGAGGAGGCGGCGGCGCUGCUGGCGGAGGCGGAGGCGGUGGCUGCUGAGCUGUCCGGAUUGUGA